AUGGAGUUCACCAAGUUUGGUGACAGCGUGAUGGUAUCGUGGAUUGAUGAGGAAAAGAUUGAUGAGGAUGAUGAUGAUGAAGACGGUGUCGUUGGGGCCUACAUGCCUGAUGCUUUCGACACUCCAGAUCUCCAGCGAGGAUUCAUCACGGCUCUUAAAGAAUUGAUUGCUCUACCUGCUGAGGAGAGUACCCACUACAUGUCGGAACAGUGGUUUCCGGAGUCUGAGUGGGCUGAGCGUGCACAACGACGACGCGAGGAGGAGAAUGAAGAGGAGUUUGCCAGUGAUGAUACCGAGGAGUGA